AUGGCCUCAUUUAAUCUCCCCCCAGAGCUACUGGCGAUCAUCACGUCCCUGUUGGACAUGGAAACCCUCAAGGCCCUGAGGCUAACAAACCACAGGCUAUGCGCUUUCGCAACAAAGAAUCUGUUCUCCACGGUCUCACUGUACACCGAUGAUAAAAGCUGUGAGGCUUUCCAGUCCAUCACAGCACAUCCGCAGCUGAAAGAACUCGUGCGCAAACUUCGCCUCAAUACUAUCGAGGUCGACUAUGAUUCCGAUGGAGACCACGAUGAACAUAAGCCACCUUUUAAAUGGAAGGAGCUUCUACCUAUGCUUCCAAAAAUUCCGAAUCUCGAAAGUGUCGUGCUACGCUUCGACAAAAACUGCACGAUAAGCGACUAUCAUCAUACGGCACCCCAGUCAUACCGUUACCGAGAAACCAUCAUAGAAUGGCUGGGUACGGGGCUGGUGUCUUUAAAGCGACCAUUGAAAGAACUAGGGAUUCAGAAUCAACAGAACGUGACACCAUUGAGCACAGAUUUCCAGCGAGCACUAAGAACGAUGAGCUCCCUAAGACUGAAUGUUGCGCAUGAAUGCAAACCUACGCUUCCUGUAGACGAAAUUGAGAAAGAGGAAGUGCAUGAAUUCUACGCAGAUAUACUGCCAUCAGUCUGGCUGAAUCCCACGAUGGGAUCCCUCCGGAAGCUGUCUCUAUACUCCAACUUUUACUGGGGAUUUUACCCCAAACUCAGCCUCGAAGGGAUUCACUGUCCAAAUUUGCAGUCGCUCACUCUGGGACACUUCUCCUUUUUUGAAGACCAGCAGGUCGAUUGGAUUCUGUCGCACUCGUCAACACUUCAAGAACUUUACCUCGACGAUUGUUCUAUCUUAUUCCGAGCGAGAAUACAGGACAGCAAAUACAAGCUUGACAACUGCCCGAUACCGACAUCUAAAAUGGAGUUCCAAGCCGGUGAUGUCAGGGGCGAGGCCUCGCUCUACCACAGGGGCGACGCCUGGCUCUACCAUUAUCCACGCCGAUGGAAUGACUAUUUUGUCUCAUUUGAGACAGGCCUUCCACACCUUCGUCGUUUUGUAAUUGGUCACAAUGGAGCAUGGAGUCCAAAGACUGAGCUGGCUUUUGAGAAGGAACUGGAACUUGUGCCGGCAUUGAUGCAUGACCGGUAA